AGACUUAGAGUAAUCAGAAGUUUUAUAAGCAAAAUGUCUGAUAAAGAUAAGAAGCCGGAGAAAGCAAAGGAUACCAAACGAGAUAGCUCUGGCAAACCGCCUGCUCCUCCAGUUAGUCCCAAACCAAAAUCUGAGGAAUCUAAGAAAGGUUCUGAUACAGAAAAACCUGUAGGAUCGCCACAAACCUCUGCGGAUAAUCAAAAGUUGGAAUCACAAAUAUAUGAGGCGGAAGCAUCUGAAGGUAAAGCUUUGCCGAACCACACUGAACAUGCAACAGAUCCAGAAAGCGAGGAAACCCUACCACAAAGCCAACAAAAUGAGAAUAUUGAAACUCAAACUAGCUUUGUAUCGGAGUUAGAUAAUGCAGAAGGUCAACAAUCAGUGGAUCAAAUACCCAGUACCACAGUUUUAGAAUCUACACAGGAAAAUAAAAUACAUCUUGAGCCAAUCGAGACGGAUAAAGAGCUACAAGAGGAGGAUAAUGUGAGUCUGGUUGGUACUCAGACCGCCGUAAGUGUGCAGACCUCUCAACCAAAGAGAGAUUCAGAUGAUAGUGAUGCAAAUUCUGAAAGUGAACUGCCCUACGUACCCGAAUGCGGUGAAACGGUGCCGGACGAUAGACUUAAAGAUAUCCCAAGUGUUAAAAGACCUUCGUUCGACAAUCUCAGACAUGAACCAUCUAUUGGUGGUGUGUCCAGACGAUACAAAGCACAAUCGACCCCUACUACGGCAGACAAUCAGUUCCUAACCCCAGAAUAUAUAAAAAAAUUGUAUGCGCAGAGAGACCAAGAGGAAUCUGAGUUAAGAAAUCGCGGGAAAUUCAGAACUUUAGAAGAGAUACGGGGUCCUAAGAGCACAGGCACACACCAGUUCUCCGAAGAAGAACAAGAAAAUGAAAUAUCUUUAGAUGAUAAUGAUGAUCCUCUUAUAAAACAUAAAGCCAGUAAUACUAGAAUCUCUCGAGUGUCUCAAAGAUGGGAGGAGGAUUUCGAUGAAAUUAUCGUAUAUGAAAAAGAUUCAAAGCAAGAAACAGUGAAGACUACGGAAAUAAUAGAGGAAAAAGAAGAGGAAAUUUCAGCGGAAAUUAAAAGUGAACCAUCUAUAUCUCAGAUGCACUAUCACAUGUACGGUCUUUUACGAGACAUUGGGGUUAACACAGUAAAUCCUUGCGAUCCGAUCGAUGAUGGUACACCCAUCGAUCCCAUAACUCCCUUCAAAAUAGAUAUGAAUCGCAUUAACGAACUGUUUGCAGCGCCACAGUCGGAGUAUGGAACAUACGAGAUGGAAACUGGCAGUCGUUCCUACUAUGAGGGAUGCGAAUACCACUUUCCGGGCAGAAACCAUUGGAGUAGGCUCUUUCGUGAUGGCUUUCAAGGGACAUAUCUAUCACGGCUUCCAAUGCACUGGGUCUAUACGGUUCUAUCUACCGUGGGAUAUAUAUUAUUUGUGUUUCUCUUUAGCAUGGCCUGGUUCGAUCAUAUUACGGAGGAUAUGACCAACAAUCAACCAAUUACAAAAAUGUUGCAACCCCAUUUAAGUCUUUCUCCGACUGCAACACGUGGGCUCACAUUUGAUCCACGAAACGAUACUGAAGUCAAUGAUAUGUACACCAGGAUUUUAGACUUUUUCAAGAAAUAUGAAAACUUGGAGGAGAGUGAACGCUUCGGACCCUGCACGGCUGAUCAAAAGUUUGGCUAUAUGAGCAGGUCGCCAUGUGUAUUCCUCAAAAUUCAUCGUCUGAUUGGAUUCAAAACUGUUCCUUAUACACAUCCAGAUCAGGUGGACAGAGAACACUGCAAAACAUACGAUGAAAUGAUAUUAAAGAGUCUUUUAAGGAACAUCACAUCCCAAGAGGAACGUCAGAAUCGCAUUUGGCUUACUUGCAGCACCAAACCCAAGAAUAAAAUUCAAAUUGAGUUCUAUCCAGAGCCAGCUAUAAGAACGGAAUACACGGACAUUGAAGAGAAAUUUGUAAAAGACACACUUGACCAGGGGGAUUUGAAUCGUAUUGUGGCUCUCAAGCUACGAAAUCUAAGAGCAAACGAAAGAAUUGACAUCAAUUGCAAGAUCUGGGCACAGAAUAUUUACCAUAAUGAAGAAGAUUUUGGUCAAGUUUCGUUUUUUGUUAUAAUGGGACAUGAGAAGAAUCGUCAGAGGGUGCAGCAGGCCCUCAAUUAUCACGAUUCAUUGUGAUUUCUUAUGAAUACUUCUUGUAGAUAGUAAUUCCUAUAAAGUAUUACAUUUAAAUGGGUUUAUAUAUAAAUUUAGGUUCC